GUCCUGCUAAUUCACAGGUGUAGCUCACAGGUAGGACAUCAUCAAAAGUAGCUCGCACGUGAGGGAUAGAAUGGCAGCGCUGAAGACGGUGCUGGAGAUCAAACUACAAUUGAAAUCGUCUGAACCAAAAACGGUUCUUACAUCUUUAAAGAAACUUCAGGAGUUGGAUAUUACCAUCGAUAUUCUGGCAGAAACUGGAAUUGGAAAACUUGUCAAUUCCUUCCGUAAACACAAUGAAGCCGGAGAAGUGGCCAGAACACUAGUUACUCAAUGGAAGAAAUUGAUCCCCAAAGAGAACACAAGUAAAACAAAAGAAAAAGAAAAAGACUCUGAAAAGAAACCAUCAAAAACUGAAGCAACAGUGGAGCCUGAACAAACUGAACAAACUGAACAACCUGAACAAACUGAACAAUCUGAGCGGCAAAACAAACAGAUUGAAUCCAACAACCAGAGGGAUUCUGAAGCCCGGCCCUCUGAUAAGCCUGAAGUCCAAAUUACUGCUCCAAAUAAGAAAACAGAAGCUAAAGAAACUGAUGUCCUCAUUAGUUCAAAAUCAUCAAAGAGGAUUACACACAAAGAAAGCAAAACAUCUGUAUCAGAUCCCGAGAGGAAAGAUGAUGUGCCACGUUCCUACAAAUCUGGACACACUAGAACUGAAAAGGUUCCAAAGGACCCUGGGCAGUCUAUUAACUCUAUUAAGACGAAGGACAGCGAUGCGAAAGCAAUCAAAUCCAAAUCCAAAAAGGACAAAACAAAGAGGACCACAGAGAAAGGCAUUGAUCUGAAGAAAAAGAAAAAAGUUGAAGACCCUGAAACUCAAGAAAUGUCCUUUGAGGCCUUCCUGAGCUACGACAUGGUGGCCCCAAAAAGAAAAAGGUCAUCGGAUGUCAAGAAAAAACCUUCAAAGCGACCUAAAGUAGAUACAAUGAGUAGUAAAAAUGAUGACUUGGUUAAGAUUCCAAGUAUUAAAUUACACAGAGAAUUCACAGAAGAACCUUCAAAAAUGGCAACUAGCAAGAAUGAAAUAUUGGACUUGCUGAACGUUCCAUUGCCACUCACCCUACCUAAGUGUGAUGACUUAUCCAACUACCGCUACUUUGAGGAGAAAACUGAAGACAGGGUUGCUGAUACUGAGGCUGAGGCAGGAGAAGAGACCCCAGGGUUCACGGGCCAGAGAUCCAAAAAGAAGAUGCAGGUGUACUCUGGGUCUAAGAGCACCUACUUGCCCGCCAUGAUGUCUCUGUACCAACAAUGCAUCCGUGCUCUCCAAAACAACAUUGACUCAUUAUAUGAGGUUGGCGGGGUGCCAUUUGAAAUCUUGGAGCCGGUGAUCGAGCGCUGCACACCGGAGCAGCUGAUUCGGAUUGAAGAAUGCAAUCCUGUGUACAUCGGAGUGACUGACCACCUGUGGGAGAGACACUGCCAGAGGGACUUCAGGAGCGCCCACCUGCUGGAGUACGAGUCCUGGAGGGAGAUGUUCUUCCGGCUGUCCGAGGAGAGGGAGAGAAAACUGGCAAAGCUGACCAAAAGCAUCGUUUCAGCUCAUUCACAGAGGCCCAAAGGCCGUCAGGUUAAGAUGGCAUUUAUUAACUGUGCUGCCAAGCCACCCAGAAAUGUGAGGGUUCAGCAGGAGAUCUAUGGUACUGCCGGGUCCGCAGUGCAGCCUCAUCCUCUGGACAGACCCAGAAUGCAGAGCCAGGAGGGCAAAGUGAAACCUGUCUGCCGAGAGUAUCCCAGGCCUGGGAGCAAUCCCACAGGCCCCAGCCAAGCUCAAGACCCCCGCAAAAUUAAAAGAGUGGCACCAAUGAUGGCAAAGUCUCUGAAAGCCUUCAAGGAACAGCGAAGACGUCGAUGAACUUCCCCUAUACUUAUCAAGAACUGCUGUCAUCUUGCUGAGAUACCAGUGACUUCUACACUCAUAAAUGUCUAAUUAUGCAUGUAUCCAUUACGUCAUAUCAAGCACUGUGAAUUAAUCUUCUGAUUAAAUGCGAAACCAAUCACA